AGAUAAUAGGCGCCCACGUCUCGUCGCCCCCCUCCGCCUCAUCACUCCUCCCGUUUCGUUCCACCGCCACCUCCGUUUCUUCCCUCCCCUUCCCCGGCACGACCCGGCCCAAAGAUCUCCAAUCCCCACCGCCCCCACCUCCAGGGAUCUGUCUCCUGGCGAGCUCCCCCGCGCGACUGGAUCCGCCAUUCCCGACUCGGCGCCGGGUUUCUUCGCCUGGUCUGGUUUGGUCGCUCCGUUCUUGGCAGGGCCUCUGCGGUUCUGCUCCAUUCUUGGCUUGGGUUGUUCUUGCCUGCCGCUCGUGGAUCUUGCGCCAGGCCGAGAUGGGGUUUGAUCGGUUUGGAGCCUAGGGCAUAGGCGGCGGCGCGAUGCCAUUGGCCAUUUCUGGAGGAAUCCAUUGCCCAAUUUCUUCGGCUCCUUCGAUUCAUCCUACAUAGUAAGAAAUCUUGCAUUUGUUGUUUUGUCGUGUUUCAAUCUCCUUGCUAGUCCCCAAAUCGCAAGAUCCAGUUCGCCGGACCUUCCAUUUGUCCCCAAUUUGAGGGGGGCUGUCCCCAUCAAUCGCUCUCAACCCCCUUCUUUUUCCUUGGAAAAUCCUAUCCUUUCCUCCCCUACCGAAUCACGCACCCAAGAUCCACUGCAUUGGCCGCGAGCUGCUCGCAUUCUGCAAAUCUUGAUCGAAGAAGCAGUCGCGGCCGCCACUGGCCAGAGAUGACGUCGCCGGCGACGACGACGUACACCUCACCGUUCGUGCUCUCCGUGCUCCUGCUCCUCUCCAUCCCGGUCGUCUUCCUCCUCGCGCCGCGCCUCCUCCCGCCCAAGACGCUCCCGGCCAUCUCGGACGCCGACGAGUCCGACGACCUCGCCCUCUUCCGCCGCGCCAUCCUCUCCUCCUCCACCGCCACGCCGACGCCCUCCUCCGCAGCCUCCUACUUCUUCCGCCGACGCCCGGCCCCCAAGGUCGCCUUCCUCUUCCUCACCAACUCCGACCUCGUCUUUUCCCCGCUCUGGGAGAAGUUUUUCCGCGGCCACCACCACCUCUUCAACCUCUACGUCCACGCCGACCCCUACUCCGUCCUCGAGCUGCCUCCCACUCCCUCCUUCCGCGGCCGCUUCGUCCCCGCCAAGGCCACGCAGCGCGCCUCCCCUACCCUCAUCUCCGCCGCGCGCCGCCUGCUCGCCACAGCGCUCCUCGACGACCCGUCCAACCAGUUCUUUGCGCUCCUGUCGCAGUCCUGCAUCCCGCUCCACCCGUUCCCUACCCUCUACAAUGCACUCGUAUCCGACAAUGCCGGCCCUCAUGGCCGCCACCGCAGCUUCAUAGAGAUAAAGGACAACAUUGACAACGACUCCACGCUGCUACACGAUAGGUACUAUGCCCGAGGUGAUGACGUGAUGCUCCCGGAGGUGCCAUAUGAUCAGUUCCGCGCCGGGUCGCAGUUCUUUGUGCUGAUCAGGAGGCAUGCCAUCAUGGUCGUGAGGGAUAUGCGGCUGUGGAAGAAGUUCAAGCAGCCCUGUCUGAUCAAGCGCAGGGAUUCAUGCUACCCGGAGGAGCAUUAUUUCCCCACAUUGCUGGAUAUGCAGGAUCCUGAGGGUUGCACCAAGUAUACCCUGACAAGGGUAAAUUGGACAGAUUCGGUCGCGGGUCACCCACACACAUACCGGCCUGGAGAGGUGUCGGCGAGCCUGAUCAGGGAGCUGAGGAAGUCGAACGGGAUAUACUCAUACAUGUUUGCCCGCAAGUUUGCUCCUGAGUGCCUUGAGCCAUUGAUGGAGAUUGCGGACUCAGUCAUCCUACACGACUAGGCCAGAAGCAACCCCCAUUUGAGGGAGUCGGAGUUUGUACACUGAGACGAGUGAGGUAUGGAAAUGUGCACUUGCUGCGGUGUUGCUGAAAGAACUAAUCUUCUUCUAUUUAGGUGUUGUGUUGGAGAGAAAUGUCUCCAAAUGGAGUGUACAUAGUACGGAAUGCGAGAGUAGUAGGUUGUUCAGUAAUUUGUAUGCUUGACAAUUUCAUAAUAAAGAGGCAUACUACAUUAGAUUGUUAUUUUGUCAUCAA